CCUCCACGGGGCAAUUGUAAAUCCGUUUGUUCUUAGUGGUCUUUUAGAUCUAUUUAGAUUUCAAACUUAUAUCCCUGGGGCCUGUUACACAAACAAGGAGGCGUGUUCUGAAUGCCCGCUCUUUCGGGAGAGUUGGUCGGAGAAAACGAUGACCAUUAAUGACAUUAACCCAAUACUAAACCGAGUUGAUUUACCUGUGAUUUUACCUGUGUAAGCUACAAAUCAAAUGUAUGUUACCUGGUCCAAACAUGUACCUGGUCCACUCAUACAUUUAAAGCUGAUGUACGGAGAAAAUCUCUUAAGGGCGGCGUACGAUCACAUCAAAUCAGUUAAUUAUAAGUGACCUCGUAGUCAAAGACUGGCGGAAAACACCUGAUUUCCUUGAAACAUUGUCACUGUUAUACCUGUGUGCGGGUUGUUAUAACUGGGGCAGUGGACAUUUAACCGUUCUACACACAGGUAACGGGUUUUUACCGGAAGGCGUGUCACCUGUCAAGUUAAUGUUAUUCGUACAGAAAGCGUCUUCAUAAACUGGAAUGUGUUUUACGUUCAAGUGAUACGGUACAAACGUUCACAGAAUAUAUACCUACAAAUCGGUACUCUACGGCUGACAAUGCGAUUCAUCCGGAUUUAGUAGGUUAUAUUUCGUGCUAUAUGUUUUCAAAGGAUUUCAAAAAUACAAUAUCUUGUUUACUCUUCAAUGAGUUUAGUCUGACUGAGUAAACAUUGUCACUGGUGCUGCUAGUGUCAAUACUGUGAGAAAAUCCUAUCUUUGUAUUGACUGUUUUGCGAACUGAGAAAAUGCUAAACAUCAUGUUGGGAGUCAAGUGUCUUGUGUCUGUUCGUCCUCAGCACAUGUUAGUCUGUCUGCUCAUCAAUAUCUGUCUAUCGUCCGCGUUCGAAUUGACGGUACUUCACACAAACGACAUCCAUGCACGUUAUGAAGAAACCAACAAAUACAGCGGAAGUUGUUCAAGCGAUGACUGUUACGGAGGGCUCGUCCGUCUGAGGACAAAGAUCAAGGAGUUCCGAGCGUCCGUUCCGAACACUAUUCUCCUGGAUGGAGGGGAUAUGUACCAAGGGACCGUUUGGUUUAACCAUUUCGGGGGUACAAUCACCGGGUUCUUUGCUAAUUUCCUUGACUAUGACGCAAUGGCCCUAGGUAACCAUGAGUUUGAUCGGGGUAUUGCUGGCCUCGUUCCUUUUCUCGACAACGUAACAUUCCCAGUCAUCAGCUGUAACAUUGACGACGCCAUGGAACCUACAAUCCAGGGACUGAUCGCCAAAUCUACCGUGCUGUCUGUUGGUGGGAAACAGAUCGGGGUCAUCGGGUACACCACCAAAGAUACUACAAGUAUCUCGAACCCAGGAUCAUUGACCUUUAACGAUGAGAUAACGUCGGUAAGAGCCGAAGCCACGCGCCUUCAAAGUCAAGGAAUCAACAUCAUCAUCGCGGUAGGACACGCUGGCUACGAAGUGGACAAACAGAUGGCCGCACAGGUGGAAGGGCUGGACAUCAUAGUAGGGGGUCACAGCAACACUUUUCUCUAUACAGGUGACGCCCCCUCCAAUGAGUCCCCCGUGGCCGGCUACCCCACCAUGGUCCCACAGGCGAAUGGAGACAGUGUGUUGGUCGUCCAGGAUUACGCUUAUGGGAAAUACCUUGGCGCUCUCAACGUCACUUUCAACGACCAAGGGAAGAUAACUCAGUAUGCUGGAAACCCGAUUCUUCUGGACUCGAGUGUACCUAAAGACCCGGAUGCUGAAGCCAUACUGAACAUAUUCAGGCCGCAGCUCGAAUCCUUCAAAAACAAGAUAGCUGGUCAUACAUUGGUCAAAAUGGACGGUGCCCGAUUAUUGUGCAGACAACAAGAGUGUAACAUGGGGAACAUGAUUGCCGACGGCAUGGUUUACCAAAACCUCCGACAUGCUGACUCCCUGGCUACUUCCAGAAUCUUCAUAUCGCUUGUCAACUCCGGAUCCAUUCGGAGCUCAUUUGACCAAGGAAACAUCACUUUUGCCGAUAUAAUUCAAGUACAGCCGUUCCGGAACACUCUGGAAACGGUUCGCCUUCAGGGGCGCCACCUCCGGGCAGCCCUAGAGAACAGUGUCAGUCGGUGGAGCCCAGACGAUCCGUCCGGCCGCUUCUUGCAGUACUCGGGCCUGCGUGUGACAUAUGACAUCACCAAGCCGGUUGGCCAGAGAGUUGUGGACGUGAUGGCCAUGUGUUCGGACUGUCCAGUGCCGGAAUAUCUUCCACUGAACGACGAUACCAUGUACGGUAUAAUCAUGUCUAACUUCAUCGCCAAAGGAGGCGACGGAUAUGACGUCAUCAGUGACAACGCUCAACAGGACCACAUUGUCGGUGACCUUGACACGGACGUGUUGACGGAAUACAUUCAGGAGAUGUCGCCCCUGUAUCAUGGACUUGAAGGUCGGAUUAAGUUCGUAAACGGAACCGAAGUUGAGGAAUGUGUCGGGGCAGGAUUCGUUACACGUCCCUCCAGCUUCCUACUGCUUGCCGCGCUAGUACUUUUACAAGUAAUGCUGACAAGAGUACCCAGCUAAGAUAAAUUGUCUUAGAAAUACGUGUUCCUCAACUUUUCAAAAGACACUUCUCUUGACCUAUUGGUCAUCAUUGUACAUUUAGAACUAAUACCUCUUUUUGAGUUAAGAAAGAAUUAUUCGCAUUUUUAUAGCGGCAAAAAUGAACUAUGAUUAUCGAGACAAUCGGUAGAAAACGCACAUUUGAAAGACAUUUGAUUUUUAGCUCACCCAUUCAAAAAAGCAUUGCAGUUGACACAUUACAUUAAAAAAAUAAAGCCAAUUUAUAUUUCAAAAGUUGCAUUUUUUUUCAAAUUUGCAGAUAAAAGUUUUAUCUUUAUUUUAAUGAACCAUCAUUAUUGAACAUUGUACAUUGGUAAUUUUUGAACAUUCGUUUAAAUAACCUCCAGCUGUUAUACACCAAAUCAAACAAAAAAUACCCUUUUCAACCUAAUUCUUUUUUGGAUAUAAAUUAGAUUCAUAUAAUUUAAAUGUUUUGGACGUGGCUAGAAAUACACAUCCUGCACAUAUUUUCGCUUUAGUGGGAAUUCUUAAAAUCAUAUUUAAGCUUCCUGAACAAAAUUCGCGAAUAUGAACACUCGCGGUAUCUGAUAUACAACAGCAGCGAUAUAUAUACAGUUUUGUUACAAACUUUAUUUUCCUGCUGAUUCAGCAAAAGUUACAAACAUUCACAAAUUACGCCGCCUCAAAUGGCAAAAUGCAUAGAUUAUUUUUGCUGAUGUAUAGGGCCAUCAGCGAUAACAUUUGUUUUCAGGCGAUAUAUUUUUAUUUCUGGUAUGAAAUGUUUAAAAUCGUUCCAUACUGGCUCAAAGUUAUGCAUAUUUAGUAUAGCUUUAUUGAAGAAAUGUUCUUAUAAUUCUGUCUACAAGGCUCUCGCUGCCCCAUGUUGAUGCUCAGUAAAACUUGGGCAUGUUUAACACGGCUGCAGCAGUCUGUUUUACUAAUGCUUUUAUGAUGAUAUCUUUUAAAGAUAAUCUCGGAUUUUCUUAUGACAUGCUUACUUAUCUUUUACCGAAGUUGCCUGCUUACAUUUAAUUGAUGCUUGUUAAAAUUCAUGACUAGUUAAUGCGGCUGAGACUUGAUAGGUCGGAGAUUUCCGGAUUAUAUAUUUGAUUGAAUGAACGGAUUUCAAUUGCAUACCACCAAAUUCCCUUGCUCAGGUUUUGUGCAUGGUGAAAUUCACGAAUUUCUCAUGUGCUACAGUGAUUUGAUGAGCUGAUGGUUUCCAAGAUCAUUUUUGAAAGAAUCGGAUUCAAAUGAAACCUCACUUUACGCACUACCCAAGUGUGUCAGUACACUACUUAAAUAAAUAUACAAUAAUUUAACACCAAAUAUAUUGUCUUACAUCCUUCGUCAGCAUGAAUGAAUUAUAUCAGUCAUCAUUACAUGUACAAUAUAUCUUGCACAGGCGAUACAUUCACUUCUAUGGAUUCUGUUUUGUUAAUAAUUAUUAGUAAUCUUUUGAAUUUCAUAUCUUGAAUAGUCAUAUGAUCAGUUGUUAAAAAUCCAUCAAUUUUCAAUGAAAUCCACUUAUCACCAUCACCCUUUUCAUCGGAAUACUUUUUUCUAUGUUUUGUCCUUCAGUAUGUAUAUACUUUUAUUUUGUGUUAUGUUUAAGACAAAUUAGAUUUGUUGAUAAUUAAGUCAAUGCGUCAAUUGUUUGUAUAAAUAACUCGAGUUUAAGUCUCAACUUUUCGAAUCAAACGAAUUCAUUCAACACAAUAUGCAAAAUCUAAAACUUGCAUUUACCACGUCAAAUCAAGGAUGUCUGAAUUGGAUAUAAACAUAUCCAUUUGUGUAUUUGCUGAUAUGAUAUUAAACUCCAAAUAGACAGGUUUUUUUUCUCCAUAUCCAUCGUUUGUAUACCGCACCUUUUGGUAUCGUGAAUGAGGACGGCCUUAUCCUGCUUGCUAAUUGUUGCAGAUAUUUUAUUUAUCAUAACGUUAUAUCCGUCUCUUGUUUCGGAGUGACAGAAGAGUCCUUGAUGUCUUAGAUCCUAUGUCUUUCCCAUUCGGAAAUGCUUCUUAGAUGAAAAGAAAAAUAUAACUGCAGCAGGUCGAGGGGAUCUGCCGAAGUAGAAUAUUAUGUUGGUGUAGACGUAAAUAUAUAUGUAUCCAACCUUUUUUGCUGAGUGGAAAAUGAUCACUAUUAUUAUGUAAAUAACAGAAUUAUGUUAUUAUUCUUUGGCAUUGAAUAAAUGCUCAUAUUCGACAACAAAUUGGAAUUUUAGUUAUUUUUCUGGUAUUUGCAAAAAACAUAGCAGAGUUUCCAUGUGUGCUACUACAACCUUGUUU